AUGAUUCUGUAUGAGGUUCUUAGGUUGUACCCACCAGCCAUUUUCACAAUCCGAGAGAUUACUAAGGAGACCAAAUUGGGAGACAUUUCUCUACCACCAGGUGUGCAGCUUGCAGUGCCAAUUCUCUUUGUCCAUCAUGACAAAGAAAUCUGGGGCGAUGACGUCCACGAAUUCAAGCCGGAGAGGUUCUCAGAAGGCAUCUCCAAGGCAUCAAAGAAUGAAGUAGCACCAUUCUUCUCAUUUAGCACAGGCCCUAGGACAUGCAUUGGACAGAACUUUGCGCUCAUGGAAGCGAAAACAGUUAUAACCAUGAUUUUACAGCGGUUUACAUUUGGGCUUUCUCCGGCCUACAGACAUUCUCCUUUCAAUAUGCUCACUCUUGAGCCUCAGUAUGGUACUCAAAUCAUUUUUCAUAAAAUCUAA